AUGAGGCGUUUUCGGAUCAGUCUCCCCCGACUGGUUCUCAUAGCCCUUCCGGUGAUCAUGUGCGUCGUCGUCAUACUAGGCUACGCGGCCCUGUCAGCAAAAUUUAGAACAACGGUUCGAGACACGACCGAGCACAUCCAAACGGUUAACUUGAAACACGACGUCCGCGUCGUCACUCCAGCAGCGUGGCCUCGUUUCAACGCCAUCCCCACCGCCCGGAACACCAAAUACAUCGCCCAUGAGGUGCCCGGGCCAGUAGAGAAAGGUUUGCCUGGCAGAUGGCAACACCGGCGGGGCAACCUGGGCAUGACUAGCUCCAAGACGUCGACCAUCUCGCUGACAAGCCCAGCAAACGUCACGGAAGGGGAGAUGUUUCGAGUAAUGAUUGAGGCCCGUGACACGUCCAAUCGAUCGCGGACUAUGGGCGGGGAUUUCUGGUACGCAACCCUCGCCACCAAAGGGGGAGGCAGCACGUCGGGCCGAGUGCUGGACCACGCCAACGGCUCGUACAGUGUCUAUUUCUUCGCUGGCUGGUCCGGUAAGGCUAGCAUACAAAUCACCAUGGUACACCCUAGCGAGGCCGUGGAUUAUCUGGUGCAGACGGUUUGGCACGCCUACGACCGUAUCAACUGGCUUGGUAGGUUCGAGGACGGUGUGAAUAAGUCCACCACACCCUGUGUGCUCAGACGAGGAGGACCUUGGACAGGUAAAUGUGAGCUUUCACACCCGUACGCGCUGGGGAAAACGGUGCUCCUCUGCGACGAACCUGCGCAUGGACUGAAAUGCGACUCGCUCGUAGCAGUCUACAAUAACAACACAUGGAUCCGCGAGAGGGCGCGGGAGCUGACCAAGGGAAGGGAACAGUUAUUUCAAGGGAAGGCAAAAGACUCAAGAAAAGACCUGCUGCUGAAACAAUUACCCGAGUGCGAACCGGACCAGCCUAAACCUCUCAGCGCAGGCUACUGGCGGGACUCUCGAACAUGGGUAUCCUUAGCCUGCCGAACCAAAGAGUGGAAGGUGCCCAGGGACAUCGGCAGGUGUCUGGUGAAUAAGAUGGUGUACCUUCUAGGCGACUCCACGUCUCGUCAGUGGUAUGAGCUCCUCUCGGGGAUGCUGGGGGUUCCCUUCGUCAGGAAGGACCUCCUGGAGCAGAACAACAUCUACCGACACUUUGAUGAAUUCAACCUGACCACAAUUUUUAAAUUUCAUCCGUUGUGCUUGACAAGAAACCCCAGACCCACACCCUUCAACCUCUUCAGUUUCGAGGUGGAUGUCCUGGACGCCUUGAAGGACAGGAGUUGCAACUACGUCAUCUUGAUUAGUCCUUGGGCGCACUACCCCCAGUGGACUAAAGACAUGUUUCUGGAACGAGUUUCUCUGCUUCGGGAGGCUCUUUUAAGAUUCCGGGCCAGAUGCCCCGAUGCUCCAGUCGUUGUCAAGGGCUCACAUCCUAGAGAUCAGCCGGGCUUAGAAGGCCGAAUAUUCUACAAUAACUUUAUGCUGUAUCAAUUGGGCAAAAUCUUACGAGAAACUUUUCAAGGAACGGCAGCGUGGUUUUUAGACAUCUGGGACUUGAACAUGGCUUACCCAGCCUCAAAGAUGGUGCACAUGCCAGACGAUGUGGUCAAACAGGAACUGAGUAUGUUUUUGUCCUACGUUUGUCGUAAACGUCAGUAG